AUGGGGAACAAGCAAAACAUCUUCACUGCGCAUCAGCUGGAUGCCUAUCAGGACUGUACCUUUUUCACACGAAAGGAAAUUCUGAGAUUGUUCCACCGUUACCGAGAUUUGGCUCCGCAACUCGUCCCUUUGGACUACAAAUCCAACCCAGAGGUGAAAUUGCCAUACGAGCUGAUUAGCAGCAUGCCUGAGCUCAAGGAUAACCCCUUUCGCCAGAGGAUUGCCGAGGUGUUCUCUGAGGAUGGCGAAGGGAACAUGACACUGGACAACUUUCUGGAUAUGUUCUCGGUGUUGAGUGAAAUGGCCCCGCGAGAUCUGAAGGCUUGCUACGCCUUUAAAAUAUACGAUUUCAACAAUGACGACUUCAUCUGCAAGUCGGACCUGGAGAAGACCCUGAACAGGCUGACCCGCUACGAGCUGACCGAGGAAGAGGUGCGCCUGGUGGGUGAGAAGGUCCUGGAUGAAGCUGACCUGGACAAUGACGGCAAAUUGUCACUGGAGGAUUUCCAGCACAUGAUUGCACGAGCACCUGAUUUCCUCAGCACCUUCCACAUCCGAAUCUAAGCCAGUGAGCGGAGCAAAGCUACCACAGAGAUCCAGAGACCCAGCCACAUGACACCUGCCUCUCACCAUCGGAACCCACCUCCCAUCCAGAGCAGAAUCGCCCACCACCCUCUUUAGGACAAGACACUUCCCCACUCCAGCGUCCAAGUCUUUCUAAAGCGUUAACUGUGCUUCUCUUGUAACGUUGAUUCAGACUGGCGAGGGGCGGGGGAUGGGAUGUCAGCCUCGAUUUCCGUCUUAUUCAUCAUUAACGUUAUUGUCGUUUUUAAUGAAAUUUGAAAAAGAAAAA